AUGGGAAAGAAAGGUGGCAAGAAAAAAGCUAAAAUAACGGGCACGCCAGAUGUUGUCCGGUUCAAGACGACAACCUCCUACUACGCAACUCUGCAGGAAUGCGCUCAGCUUCAAGAGAGUCUUCCGUUCGUCGCGUCAGACUUUAUGGCUGAUGAUGAAUACCUCCGGGUGGCGCGUUUCUUGUCAAUGUUGGGUAUUUUGUGUGAUAUGUGUGGAGUCCAGAGUGAUAAGAGCUAUAGGGCUCGGAAUUAUCACAAGUACCUGAGCCCACCUCCUAGCGUAACACACUGGGCCCUUCUCGACUGGAUAAAGGACCUAUCACUGGUUCAGUUCGACCCUAGGGGGUUCCCUGUAGCAGUUGUGAAGGCCGCCCGAGAGUUACAAGAUGAACCUUCUAUCUGCUUCAACGGCAAGAGAUACCAAUUCUCGGACGAGCUGAAGGAGAAGGCUGAGGCGUUCUUGAGGGACAUUGAUAGUGACAUGAACCAGAUUGCAGGGUAUAUCGAGCCGGCUCUAAGGUGCGACUUCGCGGAGGGCCUGCAAACGUUCAAGGUCGCCUUAUCGGAUAAGGUCAUGGAGUUUGACGAUAUGUUUGUGGAAUUUGAACAUGUCUACUCUGCUGAAUUACUGGAGAUUUAUAAUGACGUAUUCUCUGUGAUAGAGGACAUGGUCGAAGCGGAGUCUAGGCUCACCACUGCUGAAGAGGAAGGAGACAUUUUACAGAAACAGAUCGAAGAAGCGACCUUCGUCCGAGCUAUUGAGGCUUUCCUCAUGCUCUACGCGGAGGUGGUGGAGGAAAAAUAUACGGCGGGGGAGGCAUCACAGAAUGAGGUGAACAUUUCUCGAGAAUACGCCGAGCCGAUACCUGAUCGUAGUCUAGAGCUUGCAGAAGCGACGAUUUUCUACGAGUAUAAAGUCAUCGACUUGGGUCGUGAAGACUGGCUCGACGUUGUCAAUGAGUUCAUACGCACCUAUCUUGAGCUACGAGUGUACGUCUCUCAUAUACCGGUCGAACGUCUCAGUCCUGAGUACACUGAUAAUAAACGGUUCAUGACGCUCUUGAGGGCCUUUCAUCGACGAGCCGCUGAAGCCUUCCCAGCCUUGGAGUUUGUCAGCCAUCUACCUAUGAUCAGUCAGUGUAAAUCCUCAAGGUGGAUGACGAAGGCAUCGCUCACUCCGGAAUUGCAGCAACUUUAUCAGAGGAAGUUGGAAAAGACUCAUGCUGCAUGA